AUGAGCGGCAGUGAAAUUUGUUUGCUUCUUGGAGCGACUGGUGUCGGAAAAACGUUGCUGCUGAAACGUCUACAAAAUAUCCUUUAUACCCGACUGAAUGUUUCCAACUACAACUUGUUUUAUUUACAGCUCAGUCUGCAUGGAUUAGGUGAACUGGGGGGACCUCCUUCUACUCUGCCUACUGUAGGGACCAACCUGACAGACCUGACACUGAAGAAGAAGAAGGUGACAUUAAGAGAGCUGGGAGGCUGCAUGGGCCCUAUAUGGCCGAGUUACUUCAAAGACUGCUCCUCUGUCAUUUUCAUGGUGGACUCAGCCAACAUUGCUCAAAUAUCCUCCUCCUGUGUCCAGCUGCUGUCAGUACUUUCUGCUGAGCCUCUGCAAAGUGCCUCUGUGGUUAUUCUGUUCAACAAGAGUGACUUGCCUUGCACUAUGAGUCUCGUAGAGAUGAAGUCCCUGUUCAGAAUGGAUGACAUCAUUGCAUCUGCGCCUCAGCCAAUCACAACAAUUGAAAUCAGUGCCCGCUCUGGACAGGGACUUCAGGAGGUGCUGAGCUGGCUGGAGUCCAUCAUAGUCAAGUGAACUAUUGUAUGUUUGUUUCCUAUAACGUGAUGCUACUCUCACAGGACUUGGGAAUCUCACAGGCAAGCCUGUUGCCAAGAGAUGUCAGUAUCCUCAGUGUGCAAAGACUGUUAACACACAUGUGUUUGAUGCUGGACUCACUGAAAAACUGUUGGUGUAUCUUUGGUACCAAAUAACAAUGGUGACUGACUGUUUGUAAGAGUGAAUGAGGUAGGAGAUGUUUUAGUGGGAUGAUGGCAAGAUGGAAUGAUUGUGUGGUUGACCUUUUCACAUUUGUUAAAUCGACACUACUGUAGGUCUUACCUUCAGUUAACAACUAUUUAUACUGGUUACUUUUACCAAUCAAAUUCUGCACACAUAAACAGUGAACUACUGAGAUUCAUGAUGAUCCUCAUGCGCAAGAAGUAGAGGGGGUAGAAAGCAGGGAAGGGGCCAUUUUAAGUCGCAGGACACUUUACUGUGUUUGAAAUGAUACAAAGAUGGUCUCUUGUUUCAUUUUAAAAUAAAAUAAGCCCUUGAACAUCAGUUUAAAGACAAGUGGGAGGAAUACGUUAGAAGAGCUUGGCUCGUCAAGAGUCAUUACUGUAGGUGAUUCAGCAGUGGUUAUGAGUCACUACCACCAGGGGGCAUAAAAUACAAAUUCUAUGACGGAUACUGGGUGUGUGCAUGAGUUGUAAUGAUUUCAUGUCCCUG